AUGAAUGCGCAGCUCGAAACCAAGUCCCCAAGGCCGGAAGCGGCGCCAGAGGGCAACGGCAGCCGAGACGGCCAUGACGAGAAACCUGGCGAUGUUGUCGAAGUGGCAUCCGAUUCCUACACGCCCGAGGAAGAGAAACAGGUAUUGAGAAAGAUUGACAUGACAGUGCUACCCAUGUACUCCUGGUGCUCUUCGAUCUUCUACGUCGGGCAGCUUGUGGCCGAGUAUCCUUUCAUCUACUUGAUGAGCAAGCUGCAUCUCACCAAGUUCGUCGGCGUAACAGUUAUUUGGAUCACCAUGAAUGGCCUAGCGCAAGUCGUCGGCUGCUUGCUGAUGUACGGCAUCGCUAAGAAUACUUCACUGGCUCUUCAACCUUGGCGUACACUCUUCCUUAUCUGCGGUGCACUGACCUCAGCCGCAGGGGUGAUUUUCUACAUUCUCAUGCCUAAUGGCCCCAAGGAUGCUUGGUUCCUCACGGCCAGAGAAAAGCAGGUGCUGUCACUUCGCAUGGUGAAAGAUCGUGAAGGUGGUGACAAGACAUCCUUCUCGCUUAGACAGCUCAAGGAGGCGCUUUUCGAUCCAAAGUCAUGGUUUGUUUUCUGGUUUGGUGUCCUUGUAACAAUGCAGUCACCUGUUCUGACAUUCGCAUCCCUGGUUAUCAAGUCGAUUGGGCGUCUUGUAUCACGUCAAUAA